AUGUAUAUUGAAGUCUUUUUGUUUGGUCUAUGUAUAGCUUGGCUUGAAUGUGAAGUGGACUUUGAGAGUAAAAACUACACGGAUCUAACGAGACAGUGUAGAGGUCCGACGUAUCCAGCGACAGAAUGUUGCGCGGCGUUUAAACAGUUUGCAUGCCCUUACGCACAUCAAAUCAACGACUUGAAUACUGACUGUGCCAAGGUAAUGUUCAGCUACAUCACCGUUCAUGGUAACUAUCCACUUGGCCUUUUCGCCAGCGAGUGCAAAGAAACGAAAGUGGGACUCGUUUGCCCUUCUCCACCUCGCGUUUCAGCCGCUCCUCAUUACAUCACGCUGGUGGUCUCUGCCGCAACCGCCGUGUUGGCUUUUCUAGUGUUGGUUUAG